UCUCAUAUGUUCGCUGGGUCCAAGCCCAGGCUUGGCUGUGAGUGCUUGGGUGCUGUGGGGGGCCCUCUUAGCGACAGCCUAUUUCCUUCUGAGUCAGCACCAAACCCAAGGCUCUUAAUCAGGUGACUGUGGAGCGCCGCCACCAUGUUUUUCUCUCAAGGUGGCUGCGCUUCAGGUACAAAGUAUUUCAGUGAUGGGUGAAGUCAGAUUUCUUCUACCCAGUUCUUUUUUUUGCUUGCACCCUUGGGAGAGCGUCCUCAACCUUGGAGCAGAAGGACAAAAGCAAAGCACCACAAAGCAUAUGUUCUAUCAAUACGGUUUAUUGCUGCCACAGCACUGUUCAAGCCAAACUGCUAGGCUGUUUAACUUGAGGCCAGCAUUCCCACGCUCAGCCGGGAUUCCCACACUCGGCCAGGAUUCCCACGCUCAGCUGUGUUCACAUGAGGAGCUGACGUUCACUUGCAGUGUGGUGUCGGGAGGACCUGAGGGCCUGUCUGCUGCUCCUUGAUUAAGACUUCAGGGCAUCAACAGCCCUUCAGUGUUAUGAUGUAUCCAGCUGGUCCAGGAUCUGGUGACUCCCCGGAAGGCUUCCCUGAACAGCCAAGGAUCCAGCCACAAAUUGGAAAUGGCACAGCUCAGACAUUGGAUGCUUUCUUUACAUGUCGAAAAAAUGCCCUUUUGGCGAAGAGCUCGUCCCCCCAGGUAGAGGGUAACUUUGCCAUGGCCCCUCGGGGGCCUGAGCAAGAGGAGUGUGAGGGCCUGCUGCAGCAGUGGCGAGAAGAAGGGUGGAACCAGGCACUCUCAACUGCAAGUGAGGGUCCUCUUGCCGAUAAGGGACUAGCUGAGAGCAGCCUGGCACUCCUGAUGGAUAAUUCUGGAGAACAGGAUGCUGCCUCAGAGGACAAGUGGUCCAGCAGGCAGCUGAGUGACCUGCGGGCAGCAGAGAACCUGGACCAGCCUUUUCCUGAGGUGCUAGGGGAGGAUCCACUGGCUGAGGUGGAGGGCCCUUUGUGGGCAGCUGUCCCUGUGCACACAGGGCCCCAGUAUGCAGACUGUGCUGUCCUCCCAAUGGGUGCAAUGGCUGCAGAGCAAUGGGAAGAGGACCCUGCAAUGGUGGCCUGGAGCAUAGCACCAGAGCCUAUGUCCCAGGAAGAGACUUCUAUGUGGCCCUUUGAAGGCUUGGAGCAGCUGCAGCCUCCCCCGAUGGAAAUACCUUAUCAUGAAAUCCUGUGGCGAGAAUGGGAGGAUUUCUCCACACAGCCAGAUGCGCAGGGUCUGGAGGCAGGGGAUGGCCCUCAGUUCCAGUUCACUCUGAUGUCGUAUAACAUCUUGGCCCAGGACCUGAUGCAGCAGAGCUCAGAGCUCUAUCUGCAUUGCCAUCCAGAUAUCCUCAACUGGAAUUAUCGCUUUGCCAACCUCAUGCAGGAAUUCCAGCACUGGGACCCUGAUAUCCUGUGUCUUCAGGAAGUCCAGGAAGACCAUUACUGGGAGCAGCUGGAGCCCUCUCUGCGGAUGAUGGGCUUCACCUGUUUUUACAAGAGGAGGACUGGGUGUAAAACGGAUGGCUGUGCUGUGUGCUACAAGCCCACCAGGUUCCGCCUGCUCUGUGCCAGCCCCGUGGAGUACUUCCGGCCUGGGUUGGAGCUCCUCAAUCGGGACAAUGUAGGCUUAGUGUUGCUGUUGCAGCCGCUAGUCCCAGAAGGUCUGGGGCAAGUCUCAGUGGCUCCCCUAUGUGUGGCAAAUACCCAUGUUCUCUACAACCCACGUCGGGGUGAUGUCAAGCUAGCCCAGAUGGCCAUACUUCUGGCUGAAGUGGACAAGGUGGCCAGGUUGUCAGAUGGCAGCCACUGCCCUAUCAUCUUGUGUGGGGACCUGAAUUCUGUCCCUGAUUCACCUCUCUACAACUUUAUCAGGGAUGGAGAGCUCCAGUACAAUGGGAUGCCAGCCUGGAAGGUUUCUGGACAGGAAGACUUCUCUCAUCAGCUUUACCAGAGAAAGCUACAGGCCCCACUGUGGCCCAGUUCCCUGGGCAUCACUGAUUGCUGUCAGUAUGUCACCUCCUGUCACCCCAAAAGAGCAGAGAGACGAAAGUAUGGCCGAGACUUCUUACUACGAUUCCGCUUCUGCAACAUCGCCUGUCAGCGGCCAGUAGGACUGGUUCUCAUGGAAGGAGUGACAGACACUAAGCCAGAUCGACCUGCUGGUUGGGCCGAGAGUAUCUUUGAGGAAGAGAUAUCAGAACUUGAGCCUGUCUUCACCAGGUCUAUAGGCAGCAUCCAGCACUGCCUCCACCUGACCUCAGUAUAUACCCAUUUCCUGCCCCAGCAUGGCCGCCCGGAGGUCACAACAAUGCCCUUAGGUCUCGGGAUGACAGUGGAUUACAUUUUUUUCUCCGCCGAAUCCUGUGAGAAUGAGAAUAGAACUGAUCACAGGCUGGAUCGAGACGGAACUCUCAAGCUCCUGGGCCGCCUCUCCCUCCUCUCUGAAGAGAUUCUCUGGGCUGCCAAUGGCUUACCCAACCCCUUCUACUCUUCAGACCAUCUCUGCCUGCUCGCCAGCUUCGGCAUGGAAGUCACUGCCCCAUGAGGGCUCCCAGGGAAAGAGCUCACUGGAUCGAUGACUGCAAAUGCCCCGUGCUGUGGAAACUUAUGUCUCUCCCCUCAUUCCCUCCUGCCCGUGGUUAGACUUUCUCCAGGCCUGCCCACGUUCUGUGCCUGUGGUCCCUGUCCUGCCCCAGCCUCUUUCUAAUCCUGUGCCACAUGCUAGGUGGCCCUGGGAGAGGUGGAAAGCGCUCUCCUUCCUUCCGUGUACCUGGAGCCCCCUCCCCCAUUGAUUUUUAAUGACCAGGGUUGCGGGAGUUAUUGAUCUCAUUGGUUAUUUGCUUUCAGGCCAUUUCUUGGUGGCACCCACCCUCUGACCUAACUUCUCCCUCCCUUUAUUGCCUCUGGGCUCUGGCAUGCACAUGCAAGGUGUGUGUAAAAUGUGAGUUCUCUAGGUGGGGGUAGGGGGCACUGCCUGGUACAGCCAGACCUCCUUCUGCCCAGUCCACAUGCCAUCAUGAGGUGCUGAGGUAGGGGCAGGCUUUGAGCAUGACACAAUAGCAGUGUGCCGCUAGAAGGCAGAAGGUGUGGGCCCUUUACCCUCUGAGUUUCAUUAGUUAGUCAUGUAGGCAGCCUGGGCACACUUGUUAUUUCUGGAGACAGAUUGGCUCACAGCCUGGAGCAGCAGCUCAGGGACACACCACAACUCCUCAGACCCCGGUGACUUUGCUAGGACUUCUCUGAGGAAGGCAGUUUGGUCUUGUGUUGGGUUCAGUGGGCUGGCACUGUGGUGUGAAGUUUAAAGCAUCUUAGGGAUAAGGAGACUGAACCUUUAUGGAACUUGGUCUCACUGGACUCUUCACAGCUGGACAAGAGUUCGAGUCCUGGUAGAAGAGCAAGAGGCUCUACAGCUGCCUUCACCAGGCCUGGAGCCCAGAGCCUUGUUCUCUGACCUCUGCACACCUCAGAGUUCCUUUUCUCCAUCUCAGUCCCCUCCCCAACCCUGCCUCCUCUUGCCUUCCGUGUUCCCUUCUGUUCUCUCUCUAGAGGAGCAUGCUGUGUAGCUCAGUCCAAACCAUCUCAACAGAAGCCUGGCUUUGGGCAAAGUAGCUCUAAGGACUCAGGGUGGCAGCACUUGGAGAUGUGCACUGCCUUUCCUACCCAGGCAUGGGACCCAUGGGACCCUGCUCAAGACCCCUGCAGCCCAUACCAUAUCACCUGCAUGCCUUACUCAUUGCUGGGGUGUAGUCAAGGUGUCCUUGGGAAGAUCCUCCACAUAGCUUUAACCCACUACCUGCUGGCCCUCGGUUGUCUGCUCCAUUUCCCCUGGGGACUGGAGGGGAUGACUGAGAGGCUGUGGCUAGGGAUGCUGGGCCAGAACCUUAUGUUCUUUCCUUUAUUUGAAAGCCAAAGACCCAGCCACAAUGCUGCUACAUUGCUGACUCCCACCUUCUCUCGCUCGGGUUCUGGGGGAACUUCUUUUCCUGUGUGUGCGUCUGUUUUUAAGUUUUGUUUUCUGGGUAUUGGACAGAAGCCUGUCUGAGCCCCAGGCCCGACUGUCCACAUCCCACUUUUCGCCAUCUCUCUCUGGGCACCUCCUGAGAUGGUUUCACGACUGUGUCCUGUUGGUUCUCAGGACAAGGGCCCAUGACGAAUCCCUCUGCCAGGGUAUGCAGGUUCAACUGCUAAAGAGGUGGAGGGCCAGAGUUUGAUGGUUUAUCUUUUCCUUGUUUAUUUGUUUCUGUUUUAGAAAUGAAGUGUGGGGUUUAAAUGGCAUUUAAGCUACACUCUGUAGCCGGCAGAACCAGGCAACGUUUAUCCAAAUAAAGGCUUAUCAUGCCCCUUC